GAACCUCCUUUACGUUCGACUAACAUGUAACGACUCCUCUGAAUGUGGACGAACGUACGGUACAAGAACGCAGCUGUGACGCCACUGGUCGCCUCAGAAGACAGUGUGAGGAGUGCAGUACCACUCACAGCCGCAGCGCGUCGGCGUCGCGCGGAUGACGUCAUCAGGGUGUCAUGCUCGCGCUGCGCGGCCUGCUCGCCCUUUUCCCUCUCGGUGCUGGAGUGAGACGGCUGGCCUGAACGUCGUGUCCGCGCGAGCUGAUUGUCUACCACCAAAAUGAUCAUCUACAAGGACAUCAUCUCCAACGACGAGAUGUUUUCGGACAUCUACAAGAUCACCGAGUCGCCGAGCGGAAUCUUGCUGUACGUGGAAGGAAAGACCGUCACCAGGAAAGAGGGCUUUGAUGACAACCUGAUCGGCGCCAACGCCUCCGCAGAAGAAGCACCCCCCGAUGACUGUGAGGUGGUGACCACCACCGGUGUGGACAUCGUGCUCAACCACAAGCUGGUCGAGGUUCCCUUCACGAAGCAGCACUACAAAGAGUAUCUGAAGAAAUACGUGAACGAUAUCAAGAAGAAGCUGUCGGAGUCCGACCCAUGCAGAGUGGAAGGUUUCGUCAGUGCCGUUGGCAAUGAUGUGAAGCAGCUUCUCAAGAACUUCGACAACUUCCAGUUUUACACCGGCGAGAAAAUGGACACCAACGGCGCCGUGGGACUGCUGGACUACCGCGCAUGCGACGACGUCCCGAUCAUGACUUUCUUCAAAGACGGCCUGGAAAUCGAGAAAUGCUAACCUGGCGUUCAUCUGCUUCAACAACUUUGGCUGCCGCUUCCUGAAUAUUCCCAAGAGCUGAUGACAGGAUCACUAUUUUGCAUCAUGGCCGAACAUGAACAAUUUCCUGUUUAUCCACACCAAAAGCACCAGUCCUCACCUGCUCGGUCGCAGAGUGGCUCUCGUUCACUCUGCCGUUCUUCUGGUUGGUUUUGACUCUGCGAGCGAGAGCCUCCCCCCCCUACAGGGAGGAAACUGCAACCUGAUGGAACAGCGUGUUGGACCAUGUGACCACUGGUUUGAGUUUCAUCAUCGACUUCUGGUUUCAUUUAAUAAAAGUCUAGUACCAUCA